UGCUUCCUGCCCUAGCCUUAAAAGUAGUUAGCGAGCUAGCGUGUAGCGAGUGAUAGCGUACUUUCACUGACAUCUGUUUGGAAAGCGAAAAAGUUCGCUGCUGAACGCCAAUAGUGACAAGCGUUAGUCGAAGACCGUCCUGUGCCGAACCGUGAGUCCCGCACCAACCUGAAAUAACGCUCCCGGGAAGCUGUUGGUAGCGGCUGAAGUGCAGCUGGAUGUGACAGGUUCGUCAUCAGGCAUGGACCUCCGGCAGAAGCAGCUGGGAGCUCGUGAGGAAUGACAGCAGUACACAUGGUCAUUAACUCCUGCCACUGAGGCUGAGGGGAGAGCUGCACUGUAGCUCCGUGUCAGAGAAGCACCGGGCGCCUCCUGCGUUUGGGACAGCAGACAGACAGACAGACAGACACAGAGCUACGGGACCCCCGGUGAAAAGAGAUCACUGACAGAAAGUGCCUUGUGAGACAACAUCCCUACUUGAAGAUUACUGAGUGUUUCCGAAGAGCUCCGGAUUUUUUUUGCAGUGACAGGACACAGCUCAGCUGCAAGCAUCAUUGACCCUAGGUUUGCCCUUGCCUGUGAUCUGUGUGAAGGAAAAGUAAAGAGCUGGUGGAGCUGCUGCAUAGCUGGCCAAGGUGCCAAAGCUCAGAGAGAGUAACAGUAAAAAGCCACAAACUUUGUAUCAUCCUGAACUGUGCCAUUGUACCUCAAAAUAACCCCACCUAUCUUCCCCGAUAUCCACCCCUUGCAAAGAUAUCAUCACUCAUACAGAGGACAUUUUGGGGACGUUGGUGCAUCGACUAGAGCUUGUCUCCGAGCAUGCCCCCUCUGCCUUUUCAGAGGUUCACACCUGAGACUUGCUGAUUGAUUAAAAAAUUAGCUGUUUGACUGACAAACUCCACAAUAGCGCCAUAGUGCACUCCCAUGCUCAGGUCACAGAGACUUUGCCAGUCCAUUACCUCUGCUUUCCCAUCUGCAAGGACAAGCCUGAUCCACUGACCUGAAACAGAUCAUUUAUAGCUACAUGUUCCAUCGCUUUUAGUUGUUUUGGGGUUUUUUUGUGUGUGUGUGUUUUAAUUUUUUUUUUUUUUUUAACUGGAGCACUCCUCCUCAGAGGAUAACCUCCUCAAUAAACCAAGUGGCUCAGCUCCACCCCGGCUCUACAGCCAGUGCUGUUGACAUGGCUCUAAACAUUGCCUCUAUACGGGACACAAAAUGGCUGACCCUGGAAGUGUGCCGGCAGUUUCAACGCGGGACUUGUUCGCGCAGCGAUGAAGAAUGCAAAUUUGCCCACCCACCCAAAAGCUGCCAGGUGGAGAAUGGGAGAGUGAUCGCCUGCUUUGACUCGUUAAAGGGUCGCUGCACACGAGAGAACUGCAAAUACCUCCACCCACCCGCUCACCUGAAGACCCAGCUGGAGAUCAACGGGCGAAACAACCUGAUCCAGCAGAAGACAGCCGCCGCCAUGUUGGCUCAACAGAUGCAGUUCAUGAUCCCCGGCACCACCAUGCAACCUGUGCAGACGUUUCCAGUCAGCCAGGGGCUGGGGUCCAGCGCAGGUUUAAGCUACACGCCCUACCUGACUCCCAUGUCCCACAGCAUGGGUCUGGUGCCCACAGACAUCCUGCCCAGCACCCCGGUUAUUGUCCCCGGCAGCCCGCCCGUCUCCGUGACUGCCGGCUCCUCCGCCAACCAGAAACUUCUGCGUACUGACAAGCUGGAGGUUUGCCGCGAGUUCCAGCGGGGCAACUGCGCUCGCGGCGAGACGGACUGCCGCUUCGCCCACCCGAGCGACAGCCCCAUGAUCGACACCAGCGACAACACGGUCACCGUCUGCAUGGACUACAUCAAGAGCCGCUGCUCUCGCGAGAAGUGCAAGUACUUCCACCCCCCCGCCCACCUGCAGGCCAAGAUUAAGGCCGCCCAACACCAGGCCAACCAGACAGCUGUGGCUGCGCAAGCUGCUGCCACAGCUGCAGCCAUGACUCAGUCGACUGCCAAAGCAAUGAAGCGACCCCUCGAGGCAACUGUAGACCUGGCAUUCCCCCACGGUGUCCUCCAGCCCCUACCAAAGAGACCAGCACUUGAGAAGAGCAACGGAGCGAGCUCCCUGUUCAACCCCAGUGUUUUGCACUACCAGCAGGCGCUGGCCAACGCACAGCUCCAGCAGCCCGCUUUCUUUCCCACAGGGUCAGUGUUGUGCAUGACUCCUGCUAGCAGUCUUGUCCCAAUGAUGUACAGUGCUACGCCUGCUACUGUCUCUGCAGCAACAACUCCUGCCACAAGUGUCCCCUACGCAGCAACAGCACCAGCCAAUCAGAUCAUCCUGAAGUAAGCGUCAGAAAGGGAACGGAGUGUCAAGAAGCUGCACUAGGAAGCCCAAAACAGCCCCUCUGUAAAUACUACCUUACCUCUCCCAUAGAGGUCCAGCAACCUGCAUGCUAAGAGUGUAACACUUCAAUUUAACCAUAAGAACUGCAGUGCCGGUGUAACACACACACACACAGGAGAAAAACAUUUAAAAAAAAGAUAUUUACUGUAUGUAUUGCUAGAAAAAAAACUAUUAACAAUAAAAUGUCAAAAAUAUACUUAUGUAUAGUACAUACAUAGCAGACACACUAUAGAGGUCAUUUUAACAACUGUUCUCUCAGAAUACCGUGGAUCUCCUCCUCUUGCAUAUUUAUUCUAAGAACCAACCUGCACAAUAUUCAGCCCUUCGGUUAGUGAAAAGAAACCGAUGUUUGAUUUGCACUGUAUGAAAAUAUAGUGUUUAAUGUCGACGUGGAAAACAGGAAGAGCCACAGAAAACCCAUGCACAGCCACACCUACGCAUGCAGCACCGCUUUCAAGGUUUUUUUGGGGGUUUUUUUUUUUUUUUUCAUCUUGUGGUUGUUGCUUUUCUCCCUGCAAAAGUUGAAUGUCCUCGGGGCAGACAGGUCAUGCUUUCUUAAUGCGAUUGUCCCCGCGAGGGUUCCUCCGUGACCCUCGUCUGCCCCUGAUGCUGUUAAGAUGCCAUGAUGAAGCUCGUCCUCCCUUCCCUCUGCCAACUUUUCAUCUCUGGAAACAUCUUGCCAAAGUUGAGGUUUGGAAGAGGUCACAUUUUAACACCCUUGAAUAUUUUUUUUUUCUCUUUUUUCCCCUUUUUGCCACUGCAAAUAGGACCCACUCGCCCUUUUCAGUUGCGUCGCUGGGUUCCGAUCUUUGAUAGAUUGCGCGUGCAGUCGUGACAGGAGGAGUCAGAAGAUAGUCGUGGCCAUUACCGAAAAAGCCUAAAGGCUCAGGUCUGUGCCAAGGGCUCAGCAAAGCUUGAGGGUUCGUUCCAGACAUGCCAAGCCUUGUGCGUGUGCGCGUGUGUGUGUGUGUGUGUGUGUGUGUGUGUGUGUGUGUGUGUGUGCGUGCGUGCGUGUGUGUGAGUAUGUGUGUGUGUGUGUGUUGGAGACUGAUGGUCUGCCGGCAGACUGGGGGUCUGGCACGUGAUGGUGACACCAAGUCUGGUAGGAGAGCUUUUUACCUGGAGGAGGGUGAAGGAUUUAAGUGCUAAGACUUAACAAAAAAACAAAAAACAAAAACAAAAAACAAAACAAAACAAAAAAAACAAACAAAAAACAAACAAACAGUGCAUUCGACGACACCCGUCAAGCAAACAGAUGACUUGAACUUUGACUGGAGGGCUAUCUGUGACCGUCGGUUGUCCUGUCCAACCCUACUAUCACCGAUAAUCCUGUUCCAUUAUAGAAAAACUGUAGAAGUGCCUAAAAAAAAAAAAAAUGUACUCAUCAACAACAACACGUGCAUCCAGAGUGUAUCACUAAAAGUCACAGACACAACACACUGGGCUGUCAGGAGCUAACUCUUCGGACUCUUCGGGAAAGACAUCGCACUCUUUGGCGAGCGCUCAUUAACAUCACAAGUGACUCUCACCACGAACGGAAGGAGAGAAACGACAAAUCAAAAAUAGCUUUGUAGAAUGUUUGGUGACUUUCACAGCGUCCCAUCGUUUUCUUACCACAGUUCUGAGGAGUUUACAUGAGGAACGUGAGUGAGAAAACAAAUGUAUUGUAAACUGUGUAAUGUAUGUAAAGUGUCUCUUAUUUUGAGAGUUUAUAUUCACGGUUCUAGAAAUGUAUUCAGAGUUAUUUAAGAGUUUGUGUUGUGUCUACUAUCAGAGUAUGUUUGAAACACC